CCAUCAAAAGUGUAAGUAUUAAACUGCAACUUGAUUGGGCAAUUUUAUAACUCUCCAGUCCCAGACUCAUCCUUUGGUUUAGAUUACCAUGGAUAAAACUUAUCCAGAAGAUAGCAAGACUGAGGAAACUAAGCUCGCUCCAACUAUGAAGACAGCAGGGGAAUCAAAGAGAACUGUAAAAAAGGCAAGAAAACAGAGACAGAAGCCUCUUUGAGCAGUUUGUUAUGAAUAUAUUGAGCUCAGGCAAAUAGUUCCUCUUAAAUGUGGCCAUAUCUUUCAUCCAAUGUGCGUUAGAAGACACAUCAGAGCCAAAGUUGAUGCUAGAUCACUACCAAUUACAUGCCUUGACACUGACUGUAGGGAGGAACUAGCAUCUGCAGAGCUUGAAUUUUUCUGCAACAAUAGACUAUAUGAAAGAUUAAUAAAACUCCAAAAAGAGCUUCUAGUUCUGCAAAAGGACUUCUUUUGGACUGAGUGUCCCACUCAGGGAUGUAAAUUUACAGGUGAAUGGAGCGGAGUCGAGGACGACUCUUUCAUUUACUGUACAGAUUGAAAGGUUUGGUACUGAGCUUCAUGUAGAGUUGAGUUCCACUACUACAAUAGCUGCAAGGAAUACAGAGCUAUUAAUGGUUUACCUGAACCAGAUUUUGGAAGCACUGGAGCUCGAACUUUCAAGCAUCUGGUAGAAAACCAUAAUGGAUUCCAGCAAUGCACAAAUUGUAAGAAUAUUGUUGAAAAGAGCGGAGGUUGUGACCAUAUCACAUGUCUUUGUGGAUAUGAGUUCUGAUAUAAAUGCGGAGGCAAGUACCGUAACUGUGACUGAUAGCAUUUCACCAUUUCUUUGCCAAAUUAGCCACUAAUAUUAUAUUCCAAUCAUC